AACAGCUGGGGCAGCGAGCGCCCCCGGCCCCGGCCCUGAGAGCACGCCGGCCCCGGGCCCCACGCGGGGAGCCCGUCCGCCCACCAUGAGGAAGAUCCGCGCCAAUGCCAUCGCCAUCCUGACCGUAGCCUGGAUCCUGGGCACUUUCUACUACUUAUGGCAGGACAACCGAGCCCACGCCGCAUCCUCCGGCGGCCGCGGCUCGCAGAGGGCUGGCGGGAGACCGGAGCAGCUCCGCGAGGACCGUACCAUCCCGCUCAUCGUGACAGGAACACCCUCAAAAGGCUUUGAUGAGAAGGCAUACCUGUCAGCCAAGCAGCUGAAGCCUGGAGAGGACCCAUACAGACAACAUGCCUUCAACCAGCUGGAGAGUGACAAACUGAGCCCAGACCGACCCAUCCGGGACACCCGCCAUUACAGUUGCCCAUCCUUGUCCUAUUCCUUGGACCUGCCAGCCACCAGCGUCAUCAUCACCUUCCACAAUGAGGCUCGCUCCACACUCCUGCGCACAGUGAAGAGCGUUCUGAACCGAACUCCUGCCAGCUUGAUCCAGGAGAUCAUCUUAGUGGAUGACUUCAGUUCAGAUCCUGAAGACUGUCUGCUUCUGACCAGGAUUCCCAAGGUCAAGUGCCUGCGCAAUGACAAGCGGGAAGGACUGAUACGGUCCCGGGUUCGAGGGGCAGAUGUGGCAGGAGCCACAGUUCUCACCUUUCUGGAUAGUCACUGCGAGGUGAACGUGGAGUGGCUGCAGCCAAUGCUGCAGCGGGUGAUGGAGGACCACACCCGUGUGGUGAGCCCCAUCAUCGACGUCAUCAGCCUAGACAAUUUCGCCUACCUUGCAGCAUCUGCCGAUCUCCGAGGAGGAUUUGACUGGAGUCUGCAUUUCAAGUGGGAGCAGAUCCCGCUGGAGCAGAAGAUGACCCGGACAGACCCCACCAAGCCCAUCAGGACACCCGUCAUAGCUGGAGGGAUCUUUGUGAUUGACAAGUCCUGGUUUAACCACUUGGGGAAGUAUGAUGCCCAGAUGGACAUUUGGGGAGGAGAGAAUUUUGAACUCUCCUUCAGGGUAUGGAUGUGCGGUGGCAGCUUGGAGAUUGUGCCCUGCAGCCGGGUAGGCCAUGUCUUCAGGAAGCGGCAUCCCUACAACUUCCCGGAGGGCAACGCCCUCACCUAUAUCAGGAAUACAAAGCGUACCGCGGAGGUGUGGAUGGAUGAAUACAAGCAAUACUACUAUGAGGCCCGGCCCUCGGCCAUCGGGAAGGCCUUUGGCAGUGUGGCCACACGGAUCGAGCAGAGGAAGAAACUGGACUGCAAGUCCUUCCGCUGGUACCUGGAGAAUGUCUACCCUGAGCUCACUGUCCCCGUGAAGGAAGUGCUCCCUGGUGUCAUUAAGCAAGGAGUCAACUGCUUAGAAUCCCAGGGCCAGAACACAGCUGGUGACCUCCUGCUUGGUAUGGGGAUCUGCAGAGGGUCUGCCAAGAGCCCUCCACCAGCCCAGGCAUGGCUGUUCAGCGACCACCUCAUCCAGCAGCAGGGGAAAUGCCUGGCUGCCAUCUCCACCUCAGUGUCCUCCCCUGGAUCCUCAGUAAUGCUGCAGGUGUGCAACCCUAAAGAAAGCAAGCAGAAAUGGAGAAGGAAAGGAUCUUUGAUCCAGCAUUCCGUCAGCGGCCUCUGCCUGGAGACAAAGGCUGCCCAGCUGGUGACCAGCAAGUGUCAGGCGGAUGCCCAGGCCCAGCAAUGGCAACCGCUGCCACACACAUGAUGGGAGCCCCCAGCCUCCUGUACCUUCUGCAUGAGACUUGGGGACCGGAAGGGGCUAGGGUGGGGGAGUGUCAAUCGGGCUGUUUCCCAUCUCCUCACAUUUCUACUGGAUCAUCAGUACACACCCCUACCACGCGUUUCUCCAAAGCUAGUUCAGGGCGGGUGCAGUUGGCGAGCACCAUGCCCUCUGUGCCACUCCAGCCUUGCCCUGGGAGAGGAGAUGGUUAGAAUGCAGCUGUCUUGGGUAGGGACUUGGCAGCUGCUCCUGGCCCUCUGUCUUCUCCCUUGGCCCUUUUGGUUGCCCCAGACAGUGGUAUGUGGGCUUUCUCCUUGUUGCCUAAGUGGGGCAAGGACAGAAACCUACAGAGGAGCCAAGUUGGGCCAUGGGCUAGCCUGAGGUCAACACAAGAGGACAAGUGGCAUUGUGUAUGAAGAGGCUGAAGGCAAGGGCAGCUAAGGUACAGGAAAGGAUAGGAGGUACAGUCCAGUGGGUGGGUGAGGGAAGGAUGCAUUCUGGGAGCAGAGGAUGGGGAUUCAAAGAAUGUGGAUGGAGAAGCAGCUGGCCGUGAAGUACCAAAAAAACAAGAUCUCUUUCCAGGACAUCAUCCUGUCCAUGCUUUGCCAGCAUCAGGCCCCAGGCCUAACAUAUGCCUACAGCCCCUCUAGGUGACCACAUUCUUAGCAAGAGAGUACAUAAAAGGGACCUGGGGCAUAAUUAAUUAAGUGGGCCCCACUUUCACUUAGCCAUAUGUCAGGCCAAGACCUCACACUUGGGCCUGUAGGAGAAAUUGGUACACCCUGUCCCUAUUAACUGGCUCCUGAUCACACACCCUGAAAUGCUCUCAUCUUUGCUCACUCUCUUGGACCCCCACCUUUUACAAAGGUCUUUGCCUCUGUAAACACAGUGUGAUGGGGCAGGGUGGCUGGUCAGAAUUACAUCCCCUUUCUGAAGUAUAACCAUCUCCCAGUCAGUAGAGACCAAGUCACCCAGGCCAGACCUCAUGCUACGGCCCUUCUCCAAAGGCCAGCGAUUGCAGUGGGCUGCCACGCUGGCCAGUGGCUCCUGUGUGUGCAGAGAACCCCCUGCUCUCUCCUCUCCCACUACUGAGAACACAGAGACCACACCUUGGUCCCAUUCUGAAAUCCCACCCCUCUCCCCACCACUGGCUCACACAGUCUAAUCUGGAUAAAAGAUCCCAGAACUCUUGGGGUCUUCCUUCUAAAGUAAGCCAGUCUAAGGAGGUCACUCUUACCCCAGGAGCCCCCUCGUCUUUCAUAGACCAGACAGCCACAUGCUCACAGGGAGUCUACAGACUCCAGAAGGUCUAGGAAUCUCCAGAAUGCUGCAUGUGUGUGUACAGAUGUAAUUUCUUUAGGUGGGAGUGGAGCCUGGAUUUUCCCCUGCUUCCUGGUUUCCAGAGGAUCUGAUCCUCUGUUCUGGAUCAGCACCACCACUAUCUGCGGCUCUGCUUCUAUAUUCCUGCCCUGCCAGGCCUGGCCUGUAUAUCGCUCAGUGUUAGAAGCCAAGUUUCUGGUCUGUGGUACCCACUCUGGAAGGUUCUCCAGCAGUUACCUUGCACCUCUGCCUUUCACCAGCACCCUCUCAGCAGUUCUGUGCCAAAUAUGUGUGCACCCCUGGGCUCGGCAGAGGGCCCCUCACGUUGGUGACCAAGUUUCACCUCUCCUGUUGGGAUGUCUUACACACUGCUAUCUACAGACCUGGCCUUGGACCCUGUAACCCUCUGGGAAGCCUCCUGCCUCAGUCUAGGACAGAAAUGGGGCCAAAGUGGAGGCUUUUCCUUAGAGGCUUGGGCCCUGCUCCAUCUUGGGGCUGGGAACCUGGGCUUCUCCAUGUGAAUGUAAGGACUGCCACUCAGAGAGCCUUGAGAGGGCCUCUCCCCCCAUUUCCUGUGGUCAGACCAGGCUCUGCACUUGUCAGCUGUCUGUUGCAGGGACUCGGUCCAACUCUGUUUUUGCUUUUCUUCUUGACCAAAGCAUGUGCCACUAAGCUGUCCUGGAGGACGCUGUCUUUAAGAAACACACCUGGAAUAAAAACACUUCUUACAUGUC